AUGCCAAGAUCAGAGCAAACAUAUAUUAGGAGGAAGAAUGUUUUAGGUGGAGACUAUUUAGCUGCAAAUAUUGGUCAAGUUGCUGAAAAAACGUCCAAAGUAGUGGUCGACCGAUCAGCCCGAAUUCGAUCUGCGCUGGAACCUGGUGAAGAACCAGUACGGGUGAAUCCAGCAUUACGAUAUGGCAUACAUUACGUACACAAAGGCAGCAAACUAGUCGCUAAAUGCACCAAAUAUCUGCUGAACAAAAUCGGCGAUAUGGGAAUGUCAGUGGGGAAGACACUAGCUUCUGGAGCAGAGAAGCAUCUGGGUGAUGGUGAGGGUCGUGGUGUUGUGCAUGGUACCAUUUAUGUGCUGGGAAGUGGUAUCACCAGUGUUAGCACCGUUUGGUUGGCGCUUGAAAAUGCAUCCAAAACGAUGGCUAGAAAUAUUGCCGAUGAAACGGUUGACACUGUCAAGCACAAGUAUGUUUUUUUUGAAAUCAACGUGCAAAUACAGGGGGUACUUUUAUCCACUUAUUACUUCCCCUCCACUUUUCUUGGCAAAAAUAUCACAUUUUUGGCCAUUCUGAUGCUAAAUUUGUUGCAUUUCUGGAAUCAUUUAUUUGUUUUUUUUUUUUUUACUUACGAGCUGUUUUAA